CGGCGGGGAGAGCCGGUGUUGCCGGGGCAGUGCAGUAGAGCCCAGCGCCGCCGGGGCGGCCGCGUCCUGCCCCGACAGGUCAGCUGCCCGUGCUGGGAGGAUGCACUCUUUUGGAAACGAAGAGGAGGUCUCUCUGGAGCAGCUCUUCGGAUGCUUCUGCGAGUGCGUGCGGCAGGGUGACUGGGAGCUUGCGCAGGCCUGUCUGCCCCAGCUGAGCCAGUGGCGUGAGGGUGGCACUGAGAAGGUGGAAGCGAUUCUUCAGGCUCUGGUGGCUUGCCCCGUGGGGGUGAGGUGUGGACAAAGUUCUAGCCCAUGGAGAACUGCAUGGCUUUGGCUUCUUGUGCUGGAAAAAUGGCUUGCCAGCAAUCAGAAAACAGCUCCAGUUUUUCUUCAGAGAGAAACUGAAUUUUUGUUGUUCUUGGAGGAGCUACAGAAAGAUGUCUCUGAGGAAGUCCUGAAGGAACUAUUUGAAGCAUUUGAGUGCACCCAGAACAAGGACAUCCCAGAGAGGAGAAGAAGAGAUGGCUGUUCUCACAGAUUCAGUUCAGAAGUUAUUUCAGCUCUCCGGAAGCUUUUGCUGCAGGCUCCCCAGAGGGCAAAAGCCCUGCUGGAGUUCUUCCAGGAGGAACAAGGCACACAACAUUCCUCUCUACAAAACCUCUUUGUUGAGUUUCUUCUUGACUCCUUGAAAUCUCUGCAGAGGCUUCAGUGCAGUUCUGAAAUUUCAGCAGAACUGGAUCAAAGUGAAUUAGUAGAUGCAAUUUAUGCUGCUCUUAGCAUAGUGACUUUUGACGUGGAGCACCAGGCAGAUGAAGCACGGCACAUAUUCAGGGAGCUCUUGGAUGUAUGCUGGACCAAGGGAAGCCCACUGCAGGAGGAGAAGCUACUAAACUGUAUGCUGAGGAAGCAGAAUCAUGGCCUGCUAAGCCUGUAUAGCAGUGUGCUCAUAGAAAGAACAAGAGAAAAAAUUCUAGUGUCAACAUCCAUGCGAAAAGGUUCAUCUGAGCAGCUGGAUACCGAACGAGCAGUGAUGAGUUUGUUCUCGGAUCCCAAAGACAUUCCUUCUUGGAAGACAGCCUAUUUCUACUGCUUGAGCAGCAGCAAGCACUUUCUGGAACAGAUUCUGGUGACUGCAUUAACUUUACUGAAAAGGGAAGACUACUCAGGCCUGAGCAGCUUAUUGAGGGGAGAAUUCACCCCCCUUAGCCGCCUGUUAGUGUUGCUGGGAUGGACUCACUGUCAAAGCUUGGAAUCAGCAAAAACAUUGCUAUGGACUCUUCACAAAACUCAGGAUCUGUGCAGUGAUUCAAUACUGAAAGAUUUCUGUGACGGGCUGUGGGCUCAGGUGGAAGUUCUUCAAUGGUGCAUACAGCAAAACAGUCUUACUGUCCCAAGGAAGGUUCUUUUGCAACACUUGCACAGGGUAGAUUGCCACACUGCACUGUACUCUCUUCAUCAUCUCACUAAUCUUCUGGCACUGGAUGAAGAUGAUGUUAUUGAGCUUCUUCAGAAAGGUCCUGCUAAAGACCAGCAAACACAGGCUGCGGUGCUCCCUAGCCCCCUGAGUCAGCAGCGCAAUCUGGCCCUCUUCCGAGCAUUUUGUGCCAUGAAGUAUGCAAUCUAUGCUCUCUGUGUCAACUCACAUAAGCAUUCCAAGUGCAAAGAUUGUGUACGUAGCCUUCUUGGAGAUGUCCCUGAAGACACAGCUUUUGGAGAACCAGCAGGUUGCUCUUCAGUGUUUCCUCAGUACCUUGCGAAGUGUCAGCAGUUCCUAAGGAGUGUUCCUGUUCCUCUGCGCCUGGAGGUUUUGGAGAACAUCUUCUCCUUACUUUUUGUUUCCUACAGUGACCUCCAUACUGAGACUCUUCUGCCUGAGGACUAUGCAGAGGAUGAUGAUCUUGACAGAAAGAGCACUACUGUGAGUGUAGAAGGCAGUUCUAGUCGUCGGUCUUCCACCUCAGAGAGUCCACAGCGCCUAAUAGAGGCUGAAAAGAAAUUAGAGAGGCAUCCGCUGCCUGCCCAGACAGUUCACGCAGAUACUCAAGGUCCUCACGACUCAGCACUAGGUGGCAGAACCUGUGAAACCUCUAGGCUGAGCUACCUGGAUCUGAGACAUUUCACCAGUGGCAUUUCUGGGUUUUUAGUGGAUGAUGUGUCCAUGGAUGCCUUCCUCACAUUGCUUCUCAGUCAUCUGGAAGAAAUUCAGAGUGCUCUUCCGUGGGACUCCAGUAACGUGCUUCGUGAAGAGCUGGAGCUUGUCGAGUGCUUGAAUCUUCCUGCAAGCAGAGAUGCCUUUGGAAGUCGUGUGUUACAGUUCUCCAAACACCUUUCUGAAGCUCACUGGCGAUACAAGGUGGUGAUGAGUAACAGAAAUGCAGAACAUCAGCUUGCAGCUUCCAGGAGAUACUGCUCUUCAAUCAGGUCCUCCAGCUUUAAGAAACGAAGUAAAUCUCAAAGGUACAAGACAGAUGAGAAAGAGGGAACUUCCAGUCCAUCACUAGAAAGUACAAGUAGUGAGUUAAGCACCAGUACCUCAGAGGGAAGCACCGGUAAUGGGUCUGGCUUGAGUGAUUUGGAAAGCAGGCUGAGAUCACAUCAGCAAAACUCCCUCAUUCCUUUGAUGCUUUCCCCACCAGAAUCACUGUUAGUUUCGUGUGUUUUGAGAGGAAACUUUGUAGAGGCCCAUCAGGUGGCUUUGAUGUUUAAUCUGGCUACUUCCCCUUGCUACGGUGAACUGGUUUUCAUGGAGCGCUACCAAGAGGCAGUCCGAGAGAUGGCCAGAGUGGAGCACAAUAUUGAGAGUCAAGCAUCAGAUAGCACCGGAGGCAUCAGGAAGUCUGGCAGUGGCCGUUCGACACUGCAAGCUAUUGGAGAUGCAGCAGCUGCUGGUAUGGUAUUUUAUUCCAUCUCGGAUGUUACUGAUAAAUUGCUUGCAACUUCGGGAAGUCUUGCCCCUACUCUUCAAGAAAACUUCUGGAUCAGCAACAUCCAGCUGGAGCGUACUGAUCCUCUGUGGGAAGUCCUUGAGGACCUCAGUCCUUCAGCAAUGGCAGCCUUUGACUUAGCUUGUACUCAGUGCCGUCUUUGGAAGACUUGCAAACAGCUUUUGGAGACAGCAGAAAGGAGACUCUACAGCAGCCUUGAAACUCGGGGCCAACGAGCUGAUGUUGUUUUACUGCACUCUGAUGGUGUAAAAGGUUUCCCAGCGGUUCUCCAGCAAAUAAGUAAAAUACUCAACUACUCCUCUACCUCACAAGGGCAAUCCAAGCCAGAGCUCUCUGAUGAGAAAAUAGGGAGUACUUUUCGAUGCAGCAUUGUAGACCUUCUGCAAGCUUGCUACCCUGCCUUGACUGAAGAAAGUAUUACCAGUGAAAUUGUUUUAUCACACAAUCUGGAUCACGUCUUAAAAGCACUGACACAUGUCGAACGUUCUGUGGAAUCUAAAGGGGGCCUGCUUGGCACCUUGGUCGAGCAGGCAUCCCUCAAACCUGCAGAACUGGAGAAACACCUGGUUUGGAAUCAAACACAGCUCCUGCUUCAAACCAUGCCACAGAGCAACACACAGACAAACUUUGUGAAGGCUUUCUUUGAUUACAUCACUACAUUGGCUGCUGUUGUGUUACGGAGCCUGAACGCAGAGCUAGAUCCAUCUGCAGAAGUGAGAGUGGGGAAUCCUUUCAUACUGCUGCAGCAGAGUCCAUCUCAGCUACUCUCCCAGCUUGUGUUUGAGAGACAAGUUCAUCCUGACAGGCUUUCUUCUCUCUUGGCUAAAGAAGAGCUGAACUUGAAUGUGCAGCAAGUUAUUGUGAACUGUUGCUGUGAACCGCUCUCUCUGUGUAGUGUGAGGCAAACCAGCCAGGCAAAGUCUCUGCUGACAAACAUCAGCAGCUUAGCACACCAGUGUGCCUACCACUGCCUGCCAGAUGUUGAAAUACCUCUUCACAAUUCUGCAGUGACCUCUGAGGCUGUCUCCACUCGGGCCCCAUCUCCUGUGAAUGACUUGAGCCAGCACACGCUCACUGCCUCCUCCCUGGACUUCCUGAAGUCUCAGUCGAAGCUAAUGGCCACAGUGGCAUGUCUAAGUGCAUCUAAUAUACAGAAGGUUCCCAAAUCAAGUUUAUCUUGGAUGGAAUUUCGGGGCAAACGGGAGGUGCCCUUAACUUUGGAACAGAUUUCUAAGGAGUGUGAGACAUUGUUGAAGGAGUUCCCAAUAUUGGAACGAUUUAUUCUUGCUAUGUUUCAGCCACUUCAGAAUCAGCAAGAGGAAGGCAGCAGUUUGGCUGCUGUCUUCUCUGGCAAGACAUACAUAGCUCUGGUUCUCCUAGGACUGCAUUCCACCACAGCUGUUAAGAUAUUAAUGGGAGUCUUUGAACAAGCUCUUGCUGCAAAAGAUUGGGACAGAGGUCUGAAAGUCUUAGAUCUGUACAGUCAGGACAUGGAGGAGCUGAUCAGUGUGAAAGAUGCUGUGCUCAGCUGUGCAGCUGCUGAAGGUAAGGAUGGUUGGCAGUACCUGUUCCAAAUCAAAAAUGCAGCGCUGAGAAGUCAGCUGGCCUUGCACUGCCUGGACAAAUGGCCCCUUGAUGCCUGUUUGGAAAUCCUAGCUUAUUGCAUUUCUGACUUGGGUAUAACUGAUGAACUAAAAGCCAGUCUGCAGAGCAUGAAGAAAGAGCUUCAGAUAUAUCAAAAGAUUUUGACUGUGCAGAGUGAACCUUUGUGGAUUGACUGGCAGGAUCUGAAAAAAGCCUGCACUGAUGACCCCCAAGCCAUCAUGGAUAUCAUUCUGAAAGCAAAGGAUUAUGAGUUGUGUGAGGAAUGGGGACACUUGUAUCCUGUCCCAAGGGAAGACUUGAUCAACCUUCACCGUGAGCACCUUCUUCACUUACUGGAGAUGGGAGACAUGGAAAAAGCAUUGCAGCUUUUACAAAGAAUUGAUGACCCUGGUGUUUGCCUUGCCAUCAGUGAACAGUCCCUUGACCAGCAUCCAAACUUGGCAGCCUCUCACUUCUUGGCUGAUUACCUCACAGCUCACUUCUAUACCAGUCUGACAGCAGCACGCCAUAACGAAAUCCAGGCACUCUAUAUAGGAUCAAAGGUGCUGCUGACUCUGCCUGAGCUCUCCCGUGUUAACUACUUCCACCUCUCCUCCAGGCCACUGCUCAUGCUAGAGCAGCUUCUCAUGAACAUGAAGGUGGACUGGGUAGCUGUUGCCGUGCAGACACUGCACCAGCUUUUAGCUGGACAGGAAAUCGGUUUUACUGUAGAAGACAUUGACUGUUUGCUCUCCAGAUAUGCAGAGAAAGCUCUCAAAUUCCCUUUUGCAUUAAAAGAAAAGAAAUCAGAUUCUCUAAUACGUAUCCAAGAAAGUAUCAAUCAGGUAUUGGAGAGUGAAGUGCUGUCUAAAUCGGGUUCAUCAGACCUAUCUCCUGUCAGCUUUGCUGGUGUCACCAUGUCAUCAAGUCCCAGAGAAAGAAGCCUGCAGCAGAAUUUGUUUCCUCAAGAGUUUGUGCCUCCUGAGAAGCCACCACCCAAGCAACAAUGGAUACCUGAUGACACUGAAACGACAUGCAUGGUUUGCAAAACUGAACGCUUCACUAUGUUUAACAGGCGCCACCACUGCAGGCGCUGCGGCAGGCUGGUGUGCAGCUCUUGUUCCACCAAGAAAAUGGCAGUGGAAGCUUGCAGAGAAAAUCUCUCUCGUGUGUGUGAUCAAUGCUAUAGCUACUACAACAGAGAACAUCUGCCUGGCUUAGUACAAGACACAAGUGUCAGAAAAGAUGAUCAGGCCCAAGUAGAAGAUACCUUUAACAAUGACUAUUCCACAGUUGUGCGAAUACCCAAGGCAACAGAGCUGGAAUGGAUUUUUACCCUGAAUGAAGAGGAGAAUGAAAUUGUACGCAGUGAAUUUUAUUAUGAGCAGGCUCCCAGCUCUUCCUUGUGUAUUGCCAUCCUUAGCCUGCACAGUGACAGCAUAGUAUGUGGCCACCAACUGAUAGAGCACUGCUGCAAGUUGUCCCAAGGGCUCACUAAUCCUGAGGUGGAUGCUGGUCUCCUUAUGGACAUCAUGAAACAACUGCUCUUCAGUGCCAAAAUGAUGUUUGUAAAAGCUGGAAGGAGCCAGGAUCUUGCUCUCUGUGACAGCUACAUAAGUAAAGUCGAUGUGUUGAGUAUUUUGGUUGCUGCUGCCUACCGUCCAAUACCAUCUUUGGAUCAGAUUCUUCUCCCUGCAGCAGUGACAAGAUUAAGAAAUCAGCUUCUGGAAGCAGAGUACUAUCAGCUAGCAAUAGAGGUUUCUACAAAAUCUGGCUUGGAUCCAGGUGGAGCAUGGCACGCCUGGGGCAUGGCCUGCCUUAAAGCUGGGAAUUUAAGUUCAGCAAGAGAGAAGUUUAACCGAUGCUUGAAGCCCCCGAUGGAUCUAAACCAGCUGAACCACGGCUCGCGGCUGGUCCAGGAGGUGAUACAGCACCUGGAGUCCACAGUGAAGCCCAUAGUCAUCGCGGAUGAUGAUUACUUUGCCACAUUGAGGGAACUUGAAGCAACGCUCAGAACAAGAAGUCUGUCUCUGGAGAUGAUGUGUGAGGGGAAGAUACAACACAACAGCUACUAUCAAGAGUGCUUGUUCUAUUUACAUAGUUAUGGCACUAAUCUGGCAAUAAUAAGCUUUUACAUGAGGCAUGACUGCAUGAGGGAGGCACUGCUCCACUUGUUAAACAAGGAAUCCCCAUCAGAAGUGUUCAUUGAAGGCAUCUUCAUUCCAAGCUAUGAAAGUGGAAAAUUGCAUACGUUGGAGAACUUACUGGAAACCAUCGACCCGGGGCUGGAGAGCUGGGGAGCCUACUUGAUUGCAGCCUGCAAAUACUUACAGAGAAAGAACUACUACCAUAUUCUGUAUGAGCUGCAACAGUUCAUGAAGGAUCAUGUUCGUGCUGCCAUGACCUGCAUAAGAUUUUUCACUCAUGGAGCAAAGUCCUACACUGAACUGGGAGGCAAACAGACCUGGCUUCUAAAGAUCAAGGACCAUCUCAAAGUCUAUCUGCAGGAGGUCUCAAGGAGUUCAGGAAGGAAAAAAAUGACAUUCACUUUUCGGAAGAAAAUGUCUGCCACAGAUGUGUCAAGGCACAUCAACACAGUUGAUCUGCAAAUGGAAGUCACAAAGUUCCUGCAUCGGUGCGAGAGCUCCGGAACAACUCCGAUGACAGCAUCCUCCUUGCCCACACUCUUUGGGAACAAUAAUAUGAAAAUGGAUGUUGCUUGCAAGGUCAUGUUGGAAGGCAAAAACAUCGAGGAGGGCUUUGGAAUUGCAUUUAGAGUCCUUCAGGACUUCCAGCUGGAGGCUACAGAAGUGUACAGCAAAGUGGCCAAGCAACUGGUGAAACAGCAGAAGUACAGCGAGAUCCGGCAGCUCCUCAAGUGCGUCAGCGAGUCUGGAGUGGCAGCAAAAAAUGACGGAGAUAACAUUAUCCUGAACUGUCUGCAUGAGUUCAAGAACAUUCCUGCUGAGGAUCUUGAUAAUCUGAUUCAGGAUAUGGACAGUGAUGAAAACAAGAUCCAGGCCUAUGUGAUGUGCAGCAAGUUGCGUUCCGCCUAUCUUGUGUCGGUGAGGCAGGAGAAGAGCAGAGCGGUGCAGCUGGUGCAGCAUGUGCGACAGCUGGCCGAGAGCAGCGGGGAUGACGUCGUGAAGGCCAUCUGUGCCCAGUGGCUCUCAGUGCACCAGCCCAAAACGAGACAUCGGCUUCCCCAGGGCACAAGGAAAUAGCAAGCAAUUGAGCUUCACCAGCAUACAGAAGGGGAAGGCUCCGAGACAGCUUAAAGGCGUGGGGCUCAGCAACCUCUUGGUAAAAUGCAAGUCUCUCGCCUGAUGGUGGUGGCAAAUGGAUGCUACUCAUGUGCCUCUGGUGUAUGGCAAGGAACUAAAUUACAAGUGCCAGUCCUGUAUAUUUACUAACAGUCACUACCUCAGGGUGUUUUUCAG